UGCACAGCGACCGAGGACCUUAAGAGAAAAGCUGCUUUUGGACUGCUUAUCACUUGCUCUUAGCUAAAGCAUGGAAAUCUCUACUCUCACAAUGUACCACUGCCUUGCUUUUGUCUGGUAUUUUUUCAUUACCUAUUCAAUCACACUCCUGAGAACAGAAGAGCGGCCAUCUGAAGUGUUCCUUUACGGUGGGCAGUGGAAAUAUUUGACAGUCCUCAAUCUGGUUUUGCAGGCUGUCUUCUAUGGGGUGUCCUUCCUGGCUGAUGUAUUGAGACUAAUUAAGAAACUGCGAUGUGCUAAGAGUGUAAUUUCCAGCAGAGACCUUCUUUUCAGCGUCCUGGCUUUCCCAGUGUCCACAUUCGUGUGUAUAUCCUUUUGGACACUGUACACCUACAAUCGAGAGCUGGUUUACCCCAAAAGCCUUGAUGGAGUCAUCCCACUCUGGCUAAAUCACGCUAUGCACACAGCUGUGUUGCCAUUUGCUCUCCUGGAAAUCCUUGCCACACCACACCGUUACCCAGCCAAGAAGAAGGGAUUGAUCUUAUUAGGAUUUGUCGCUUUUCUCUAUAUCAGUUGGGUCCUGUGGAUUUAUUCUGUAACAGGAGAGUGGGUGUACCCUCUCUUUGCUUUGUUCAGCCCAGCUGGGCUAGCAGCCUUUUUCGCCGGUAGCCUUGGUGUCAUCAUCUCUUUCUACAACUUCGGGGAGUUCCUCAACCGUAUGAUAUGGGGAGAUUCAAUAGUAAUACUGGACUACAGGCGGAAAGGCAAAUGA